AGUUUCCCGAGGCGUGCAUGGCCGAGGCCAUCUUUUCCGAAAGGUAGUCAACAUAUACCCGGGGAAGCCCGAGAGGCGCGACAUGUCACUGGAAGACAUGUCAUGAGAGACGCGCAAUGUGUCGGCUGUGAAGUGGGCAUUGGUUGGGUUUAUGACAAAGAAUGGGAAGAGUCGCAACGGUACAAGGAGGGGAUGAACAUUUUCGAGAUGGAGCUCGUGAUAUCUAAGGAGUCUUGA